GGCCACCUCCCCAUCACCCCUUGCUUCCUAGCCCCGCCCCCUCCUUGACUGCGCCGCCAUUGUGGUGACCUGCUCGUCGUUCGGCACCAUGUCAUCCCACAAGACAUUCAAGAUCAAGCGAUUCCUUGCCAAGAAACAAAAACAAAACCGGCCUGUCCCAACGUGGAUUCGCAUGAAAACUGGCAAUAGGAUCAGGUACAACUCCAAAAGGAGGCAUUGGAGAAGGACCAAGCUGGGCUUGUAAAGAGCGGCUCUAAUGGGAACUCUAAUGACAUGCGUCUCUCCUGCCCUAAGACCUGAAAUACGCAUUGCCACAAAAACCACCACUGACCCAUUUUGGAGUGUUGAACCUUGUUCUCCCCUCUCUCUUCCCGAGCCUCCCAAAAUCAAACCAAACUGCAGUCUUGAAAGAUGACUUUAAUAGAGUCUUUUUGGAAUAUUAUAACUGAAAAAUGAAGACUCUGUUCAUUUAGUGUUCUUUAUUUCUGUGCUCGGAUAUAUUGACUUAAUUUGAAUUGCCAGUUUUCAGAUUUAAUAAAUAUGAGCAUUAUUGAUCCUU